AUGGACUUCGACGCGUUAUUUAACGAGAGGACGUUCCAGUUUUCGGAUUUCCAGGAGUUCACGGUAUGUAGUUCAGUAAAGUACUGAAGCUAACAUUAGCCGCAUUAGCCUGGUUUACUGAACGUUGUGUACCUUUACUGAAUAUGCUGACAGAGGGGUUUGUUAGCUGCCUGUCUGCCUAGCUUCAGUAAUUUAAGACAAGUAUUUAACUAAAUAUAAAGUGUCUAUGAUUUUAAUGUAAAAUAUAAACCCAUUUUGAAGAACAGACUUAAGUUCGAUAGCUAGCUUCAGCUAAUGUAAUGUUGUGUUUCAGUCUGUGUGGUGGGCCUGUCAGUCGCCGAGCUAAUGUUUUAACAGCAUGGCAGGCAGCGCUAUAGUGAGUAACAGUUUUAUUGGAAAACAUUACGCAAUGAGGUGAUUUCAGAAAUUAUUAUUAUAUGGUGCUAUGCUCAAGGAAACUCCUCAGUCCAGUUUUUAUAGUAGAAUUGCUUAUACCAUGAAAACAUGGGAAAGAAACUUAUAGCAAAGGGGUAAAAAGAGAGAAAACAACUUUUUCUGAUACGCAUACAUAAGCUGAAAAUGUUGUUUUAAAGUCAAACAUCUGCCUAUACAUGUACACAAAGAUAAUAGGUGUAUAUGUGAGUUACACAACAUUAAAUCUCUUACCUGUGACUCUUGGGUUUAUUAUGAAACUACAAAAUGUACAUUUUAUUGAAAUUUUUCUUUAAUUCAGGGUGCUAAUGUUAUUCAUUUUUGCAUACACAGAUUAAAAUUGUGUUAUUAAGUUGGACUUAUGUACUUUUCUGUUGUUUCUGAGGUUUUAAAUAUAAUAAAUUGACCUUACAAUCUAGGGCAGUGGUUCUCAAGUCCUGUCCUCGAGGCCCACUGUCCUGCAUGUUAUGGAUGUUUCCCUGCUCCAACACACCUGAUUCAAAUGAUCAGCUCGUUAUCAAGCUCUGUAAGGGCUUGAUAACGAGCUGAUCAUUUGAAUCAGGUGUGUGGGCCUCAAGGACUGGACUUGAGAACCACUGCUCUAGGGCAAGGUUUCUUGGAGCUGUUAUCCUUAUUUUUUUUUUAUUUUGAUCAUCAUAUUGUCCAGUAUUGUGUUUUAAGAAAUGCUAUUCUACCAUGUAGUAUUACUGCUGUUCAACAGGGUUCCUGCCAAUUCUUGAAAAGUCUGAUAAAGCCUCAGGCUGGUCUCAGAAAAUGUGAUUUCUACAUGAUUUCUUCAUGUCAGAGACUUUAUAAGGCUUUAAUGUACUUAGUCAGAUCUACACUGUCUGGAUAGCAGUAUCAUUUUGUGUGUUUUUGCAUGGUCAUGAGAAAUACAGUGUUUACAGAGGCUUAUGUGAACACUGAAAACAAAUAUGAACAUGCAUGUUUAAGGACAUAACAUUUCCAGAGGAAAAAGGACAGUGUGUGACUGUCAAGCAGUGACAAAUAUUGUGGGGCAACUUCCUGAAUAUGCAAAUAGGCUGUAAAACUUGGGCUGUGUUCAUUGCUGUCUGAUGCGCUGUACAAAAACGGAAUUAGUUUCCAUGUUUGGGUCUUAAAUUUGCAGCAACCCUGUUUUAACUGAGGCCUCUGUUACUUUUGUUUUCACAGUUUCUACCUGGACACCAGAAGUUAACUGAACGAGUGAGAAAGCGACUGUAUUAUGGCCUGGACAAAGACGUGUCUUUGGAUGCUCUCUCUUGCCCUGUUACAGGUGAGUUACAUGUUAGCUUUUGAACCAGAUCAUCCUGUACGAAUUAUGUAAGUUAUGUUUAAAGCACCUCAAGAAGAAGAUGUAAAUCACUCAUCUGACUUUGUAUGAGAAAAGACCAAUAAACUAUCACAACCCCCUGAAACCGGUUUGUCUUGGGACUUUUCCACAUUUUACAUUUCUACCAACAGGAAUUCAGCUGUUACUUGUCUAUUUUACAGUUUGGUGCAUUUUAAAGAUAAACAGUGACUUUAAAAUUGAUGAGAUUGUAAAAUAAAUUGAACUUUUUUUGUGUGUUAUUCCAGAUAUUGCUGUUGAAAUCUUCCAGAAGUCUGCCCCCAGCCCCAUAAGAAAGCUGCAGAAGAAGUAUGCUGCUCACGUUUCCAGGUUUGUCCUUCUGCUUUUACACACAUGCAUUCAUUAUGUCUCCUCAAACUAACUAAAAGUAUCAUUGCUCAUCAUGAAUACAGCUUAACUCUAAAUUAUGUCAUUCUCAUUUGCUUCAGAGAGGCUUGCAUCUCGCCGUGCGCCAUGAUGCUCGCUCUAGUUUACAUAGAAAGGCUCCGACACAGAAACCCAGAAUACCUCCAGAAGAUCUCCUCCUCUGACCUCUUCCUGAUCUCCAUGGUAUGUGAGCUGAGUUCAGAAGUCAUUCUAAAUGUGUCAGUGUGUUAUUUUUGGCUUCUUUGCAGCCUUCAAACAAAAACUGUCUUUGAAUUUAGAUGGUUGCGAGCAAGUACCUGUAUGAUGAAGGCGAGGAAGAGGAGGUGUUCAAUGACGAAUGGGGAGCAGCUGGGAAGCUGGACGUCAAAACCAUCAACAACCUGGAGAUGAACUUCCUGAACGCCAUUGUUAGUAUUCCUGCAUUCCUGUGUGUAAUCCUGCAUGCAUGUUUGUUUUUAACUGAUGGCUUUAACUUGUGUUCAUAUUUUCUGCAGGAGUGGAGCCUCUUCACGGAGCCAAAUGACUUCUUUGAUAUUCUCAAUCAGCUGGAAACCAGGUCUGUGGUCAGCUCUCAACGAUGUUUGCAAGAAAAGGGAAACCACUCGCAUUGACUCAUUUUUGAAGAUGAGAACUGCUUGUGAUAAAUUAGUGAAUUUCUGGCUCUGUGUUUUUUUUUUUUCCGUCCUCAGCAUUGCAGAGCGGCAGGGGAUGAAACGCGGCUGGUUCACCUACACUGACCUCUGUGUGCUUCUGGAGCAGUCAGCAUGGAGUCAAGCCCUCACAGCCAUCUACCAGCACUUUACCAAGGUGAGCUGGGAGAAUAUUUAUAACUUUGUCUAGUUAUUUUAAGGCAUGGAAGGAAAUGAGAAGGAGUAUGGCAGCUGAAAUAUUUGCAACUCUGUUGUCGUCGUCCUUAAAAGGCGAAAAGUUUUGUUUGCAACCGAACAAAUUGUCCUGCAAUGAGCUGCUUUACACUGGUAUGUCACAGUCUGCAAAAAAAGCCCCUGCAGCAAGCAUCUCAAAGCUCUGCCAUGUGCAACCGUUUUAGUUCACUACAGUUCAGGAACAAAGUCACAUGCAAGGUCUUUAAGAACAAUUUCUUUUUCAACUUUUAUUCUAUUUUUAUUGGCAUUGAGCAAAAAUAUCGCAAAAGGAAUGCAACUGCAAAGAAUAAAGGUGAUGUGUGCAGAUUUACUCGACACCUGAGUCGUAUUAUGAUCGAGUCAUCAUGAAAUUAAACAGACUCACACUUCCUCAAGAGUCAGUGGCAGCUUUAUGGCUGUUGACAGUCAUCACCAUGGACACAAUAACCAAACAAAGCUGCAGGGCUGUUGGACAGGGGGAAGACUAUUUAAGUUGUUCAUAGAGUUUGGACAUCUUAAACAUUUCAAGCAUGAAAAUGUCAAAGGUCUGAUUGGAGGAAGUUCCAGAUACUUGUGGUCUGAUCAACACUUCUGCUUUGUUUCCAGGUCACCUGCAUGCUCGGCCUCGUCUACCUGACCAGCGUGGCCGGCCUCAUCGCCACCAGCGCCGUUCUGCAUCAGCUCAGUCUCUCCAGGAGCGGCCAAUCUUUUCUUCCUCCUCCGCUUGCGAUCAGCACGGCCCACAUUCAAACCUCCAACCUGAACUCAGACGCUCCCUCUGAAGCCCAGCGCCCCCCCUGUUGUGUUCUCGCCAAUAAGAGUCUGGACCGGCAGGGUGGUGUUUUUCAAAAAGAUAGUUUUCCGCCUUCUUCCUCUCAGACGUCGAUAUUUUGUCUGUGGGGGUCUCUCCUUGCCUCCAUUGGUCACACAUGCUCUGAAACUGAUUCUGGUAUGGAGGCUCCUCAGACCUGGUCACCUGCUUCGUUCCUCUGUCCUGGCUGUCUUCAGUGCGGACUCAGAAACACCUCAGCACUCUUCACUCAUGGUUCCUUCAAUAACCACCGACGUCACGCACCCUGGCUUUCUCCCAGUCUCCUGGGCGGGGCAGAACCAAGUCUGAACUCUCAUUUUGGGGCGUUUCCAUCUGUACAACUUGGACCCUGUCACCCUCAGUCUAUCUUACCUGUAAACAAAGCCCAGGCUCUGCUCAUGCCUGGGUAGAGACCAACCGUCCUCUCUUCUGUUGACCUGUAAAAACAGACUCUAGAAAAUUGAACCAACAUCACUAUUUGGACUCAUAAAGGUCUUCAAGUCGUGUUUGUGUUCACUUUUCCAGAUCUGUAGUACAGGUGCAGAAGAGAGAACAACAUCUCAGACAUGACAGGGUGGAAAUUCACAAAGUUCAAAAUAAAUUUGCCACAAGUGUAACGCCAUGGUGCUUAGUUUAUGCUCUGCAGCAAGAGGAGAAAAAAAGGAACUUGAGGAUAAUUUGAUGCUAUUUUAAGAAUGAUUUAGUUCAGGACUGCAACAUGAGGAGUGUACUUGAGUGCAAGAUUUACUGAAAACAGGGUAACUUAAGCUUCAAACUGAUUCUCAUCAGGUUAUGUUCAGAUUUUUGAAUUUCGACUGGCUUAGAAAGGGGCGGCACAGUGGUGUAGUGGUCAGCACUGUCGCCUCACAGCAAGAAGGUCCUGAGUUCGAAUCCGACUCAGGGCGUUUCUGUGUCUGCGUGGGUUUACUCCAGGUACUUUACCUUAAGUGGGGUUAUGUUAAUUGGCAACUUUCAAAUUGCCCGUAGGUGUGAAUGUUACUGUGGAUGGUUGAUCGUCCCUAUAUGUCAGCCCUGCGAUGAACUGGCGACUCGCAACCCUGGGAAUGGGAAUAAGCGGUAGAAAAUGGAUGGAUGGAUGGACUGGCUUAGAAAAGCACACUCAAAACUGUAUAAGGGUUACAAUCUAAGUCACAAACUGAAUCUAAAAGCCCUCUAGAUUUUCAACUUUAUUUUUCCCAUUUUAAAUUUCCUGCAAAAUCAACAAAGUUUGCCAUUAUAUUAUUUUCCUUUUUUAGAUGAUUUGGCGCAAGAAUUGGCAAAUCCUUGUUUACUUUAUCUGUGAAAGCUAGCAGAGCCAGAGAAUAAAAAAGAAUAAAAAUCCACAUCAAUCAAACUAGGGACACAACGUCCGUGGAGGAGUUUUAAUCCAAAGCCAGGCUUAGUUAAUCUUGCUUCGUAGUACACCCCUCUGUUUUGAUGAUUGUUUGAAAGUUCACAUCUGUUUUAUUGAUCCUGUUUGAGAGUGUUUUUGAGUUUUAUUGGCAUUUGGCAUGAAAAAAUGAAGGUAUGGGGGUUUAUUGCAGCAUAUCUUGAGUUGAAAGUUGCUCUGUAAGUUGUUUUUUUUAUGAUGGGAUUUGCAGAAGAAGGGAUACUUAGUGAAAUUCUGGCGUAGCUCUUCCACUUGUUUUUACUUCAUUUACACUGAGCUGAACAGCAGACACUGGUCACACACAGGAAGCAGCAGCACUGAUACAAACACCAGAUUUUUUUUUUUUUUUUUUUACUGUUUGUGAAAGUUGUAUCCCAGCUUUUAGACUCCAGAAGAAAAACAAGAUGUUAAUCAUCUCCAUACCUCAGCGUAACAAUCACCUCUUAUUCAGGCGGCCAUUUUGUAGCCAAACAUGUUCCUUAGUUUCCUUUCAUAGUCCUUAUUUUUGCCUCGUUCUACUCAGCACAAGGAUGUCUCAUAGUUAAAUCAACUCUUCUGCGAUAGGUUGAAGUUGAGCCAGAUUUACAUGAAAGUUUGUUGAUGGUGGGUUUAUGUUUGAAGUGAGGAUUUUGGAUUUAUCAAACUAAGGCUAACAGCAGUGUUUCUGUUUUAUUUGCACAUCGGGCCGCAGUUUUGUUGCUACAGGACGUUUCACUCCAUUCUUCCUGCACAGUCGAGUAUCUUUUUGUAAACACCAGACAAAUGUAAAGAUUGAAUUUCCUUUUAUAUCCACGGUUACAUUUGGUCCCAAGGACUUUUACUUUGUAAUUGAACCUUUUUGACGAACAGCUUUGAGCAUUUGAAUUUGAUACAUUUUGAAAGUCCUUUUAAUUUUGUACAUGAUGUAAAAAAAAAAAAAAAAAAAAGCAAAUAUUGUACAAAUCUGUAGACCUAAUAAAGACUGCAUUUCUUUCAGACUGGUUUUGUUUUUGGAGGAUCAUCAUACAAUUGGUAUGUUGCCCCAUAAUAAUAACAAUCUCACUGUGACCUUCAAUGUAUACAGCUCUGGCAUUUACUCUUUAUAGACCAGAGUUCAUGUUGCUUUAUUCCUGACAGAGCAGGUGAAACUAAGCCGCAGAUGUGAGCUUUGUUAACUCCAGAGACCGGAGUUCUUGAAACAUCAAAGGGGUCGAAUCAGCAUCAGAAGGUCUGAAUAUACUAUUAUACUUCUAUGUACAGUCUAUUGUUGGGAUGCUGUGUUAAAAGCUAAAAACCAGAUAAUUUAAACCCUUUUCCAAAGUGAAAAUAUGUUAACCUCUCCUGAGUUUAAAAAGUUUAAUGUCCCAUUUAUCCCUGAUAGAGCAGUGGUUCUCAAGUCCACACCUGAUUCAAAUUAUCAGCUCGUUAGUAAGCCAUUCCAGAGCUUGAUAACGAGCUAAUCAUUUGAAUCAGGUGUGUGGGCCUCGAGGACUGGACUUGAGAACCACUGUGAUAGAGGAUUUCAGCUGCUGAACAGUUCAGGGUCUCAUCUGACCUAUUUUUGGUGUUGUGAUGCUCCAAAUGUUUCAAAUGGGUGUCAAGUCAGGACUGCAGUCAGAUCAGGACUCUUCUCCUACAGAGACAUGAUGUUGUAACCCCUGUUUGCCAUCGUCUUGAAAUAUGAAGGUCUCCCCUGAAAAAGUCCCAACUCUAAUGAAAGUGAGGUUGUAGAUCUCUGUGAAUGAAUGUGAUCACAAAUGUAAGGAGAGAUUGCCUCUGCAGAGCCAGUGUAUUUCCCCUAAAGCAGUGCAGGAAGAUUUCUGCUCAUUGGCUCAGUGAGAUGUUAUCAGUACAGAUAACAAACAGAAUAGAUUUGAGAGAAUCUGAUCUGACCUUUCCCUGACCAGUAUGUGAUGCCUGACUCAACUUUUCACAUCAUACUUGCUUUACAUUACAACUAUUUGUAUGGGUUUUUUUUGCUUUAAGUCCAGUCAUGUAAUUUACGAUUGUCUUGCAGCCAUUCUUCCUUUUGUCUUUAUUUCAUUCAUUUAUUUUUAAUACUUUUUAAAAAAAAAUUUGUUUGUUUCUUUGUUCUGGUAUAAAACUUGUAAAUUAAGUAUGAAAAAAAAACUAUGCAAGGAGAUGGUAUGUGUGUUUUCUCGAGUCGUGAAGGAGACUGAAGUCUGGUUUUGGCAGAUUCUGAAGCCGCGUCCCUCCCUCUUGAUCCUGUGCCAGCUUCUUCUACCCCUCCCCUGCCUUGGCUGUCACAUACCACUUGAGAGUUCCUAAUAUAGACCCAACUGCUCUGUAGGAAAAGGGUAACAAACCGAGCGGAGUCACACAGCAGUCUGAGUUUACUGCUUUGAAAACAACUUUUUCAUGGACACACCGCAGAAUCAUGGCGCGUCACUCACAGGUGAACUUUUACUCUCAAAUGAAAGAAAAACGGUUUGUAGAGUUUGAACUGCCAGUGGAGCAUAUAGGCAGCCUGUGGGUUACAAACUAUUCAGACAAUGUCAUGUGGAUAAUGUUCCUCUUGUGUUGUAGGUGUCAUUCCGAGGAAAGAUGCAGGAAAUACUGAAUCGAGGUACUGUAACUGGCUCACGUGGAAAUGUGAAUGUAACAGGAUUGCAUUCUUGCGCUGUGUAAUGUCAUGUUUAAGGCUUUGUCUUUGCAGUUUUGAGUAAUUAAAUGUGUUUAAUCAGCUGUUAUGAUACUCGAUUCUUCAGAUGCUGAUGCCACAGUCUACAUGAAUUUCAUGAAAAACCACAGCUGCUAUGACGCCAUUCCAACCAGCUGUAAACUGGUCAUUUUUGAUACCAAACUACAAGUAAGUAUGGCAGCUUUUUAAAGAAAACUAAACAAGAUUUGACUUAUAUAGAAAUACAGAAGCUUUUUAAUCUUUGUUCGCAUGUCCUACAGGUGAAAAAGGCUUUUUUUGCACUGGUGGCAAAUGGCUUGAGGGCUGCACCUUUAUGGGACAGCAAGUUACAGAGAUUUGUGGGUAAGAUAAUGCAUUUUUCUAAGUGAUGCAAUAUCCUUGUUUCUGUCAGUCAUAACAAUGGUAUAGAAAGUGAAGCAGUAAUGCUCUUCUUAUGGAGUUAAUGUCUAACUCACAUCUAGCUUUUACUGUAGAUCCAUUAUCCUUUUCAUUUGUCAUUUUCUCUGCAGCACAGUGAGCAUGUCAAGAACCCGAGUGUCGGAACUGAUGCAAAUCUGUAAACUUCUAGCAUCACACAACAGCGAUCAUAAAGAUACUUAUAUGCCAUUUAAAAAAAAAAAACAUCUCUAAUCUGAGAUAUUUCAUGUCUCAAUCUUACUCUGGUCCAUGCAUUCAUCUCCAGCAGUGUGCGCUGGGCUCUCUAAAAUGUUGAUAGAGACUUAAACCCAUCCAAAACACUGCCAUCUGAGUGAUACAUUACUUUAGCAUACAUGACCUUAAAUCUAAGUGUAAACAAAUCUCUUUUUGUCUCACAGGUAUGCUGACAAUCACAGAUUUCAUCAACAUCCUCCACUGCUAUUACAGAUCUCCUUUGGUGAGCAUGAAUACAUAAUCAUACCUAUAAAGUUUUGGUUUGGAAAAUAAGGGACACUUUUCUGGUCAUGCGGUAAUUUCCAGGCCAAAACGGGAUAUUUGUACAGCUUGGCAGAUAUGCGCUACACGAGUACCUCCCCACACACCAAGAAAAAACUUAACCGAGCAGGAAGCAAGAAAGUAGUACGACUAGAACGAGCCCCCAGCAGCCAAUCGGGUUUUAUGUUUCCGUGUUGAAGGCAACAAGGACAUCAUAAAACGUAGCAACGAUAAAUAAAUCAGCUUUUGUACAUUUGUUAAUUAUCUCCCAAGAAGGGCUGGUCACAAACUCAACUUCAUGUCAGUUUAACGCUAAUUCAUUUACUUAAUAACAAUAAUUGGCAAGUGCUCCAGAAGAACCUGCACCAGUACGAUACUAAACGUGUCUUCUAAUUAACUGGGUAUGUUAUCACAAAAAUGACGGCUAGGAUUGAAGCUUUUUUUCUUUUCAGCGGGGUCUCUGUGUCUCUUCCUCAAAGCAGAAGCUAAUGCAGUGAAUGAUUUAUCUGUAGUUGUGAUUAUCGUCUCCUGGGUUUCUCUCUAAAGGUUCAGAUGUAUGAGCUGGAGAGCCACAAGAUUGAAACAUGGAGAGGUGACUCAUUUCGAAGUAAAUAACUAACACAAAACAGCGGAAUUAUCUCUUAAAAACAUCUCUGUGAAUUUCCACUCAAGCUCUCUCCCUGCUUCUGUUUAGAUGUCUACUUGCAGUCUUCAAAUCACUUCCUUAUUAGUAUCUCUCCAGCGGCGAGGUGAGCAAACACAGAUCUCCGUUUUAAUCUGUGAUAGUAUCAACCCAUCUAUCCUGCAGAGCAAUAAACUCCUCUUUUGUAUCUAACUUUAUUUCUGUUCCAGCCUCUUUGAUGCCAUUUAUUCCUUAUUAAAAUAUAAGAUCCACCGGCUGCCGGUCAUUGAUCCUGAAUCCGGGAAUGUCCUGCACAUCCUGACCCACAAACGGAUCCUCAAAUUCCUUCACAUAUUUGUGAGAAAGAUUAAACUCUAAUGCAUGUGGUUCUGCUUUUCUAUUGUACAGUUGGAUGUUGAUGUUUGAUAUAUAUAAAAAAAAUGUUUCAUCAGGGAGAAAAAGUUCCCAAACCUGCGUUUGUUGGGAAGCAGAUCCAGGAGCUGGGGAUAGGAACGUUCAGGAACAUUGCAACAGUUCAGCAGACAGCAACACUUUACGAUGCCCUCUCUACUUUUGUGGAGAGACGAGUGUCUGCGCUUCCAGUGGUGGAUGAACAAGGUAUGAUCUGAAAAAAUACAUUAUCAAUAUCUUACUCCUUAUACACUUUCAGACAAUUUUCCAACAGAUGUUCUAAAGACAGAAUUCAGUUUUCCCAAUGUCCCCUUUCCUUUGAGGCUUUAUUUAAAGGCCUGUAUCAAAAAGCUUCAACUCAAACUCUGGUUUAAUGGCAUCCAUCUCUCUCUGUCCUCAGGCAAAGUGGUGUCCCUCUACUCAAGAUUUGAUGUCAUUGUGAGUCCUGCAGACAAACAAGAUUUCACUGAAGAAAUUAACCUUUUUGGUGUCGCUCUGACUCAGCUGUGUUUUUUUCCUGCUUUAUGUCAGAAUCUUGCCGCCCAAAAGUCGUACAACAAUCUGGACAUGACGAUGCAGGAGGCUGUCCGCAGGCGCACGUGUUUUACUGAGGGAGUGAUUAAGUGUUAUCCUGAUGAAACUUUGGAAACCAUCAUCGAUCGAAUCGUCCGAGCAGAGGUGGAUUUUUUAUUUUUAUUUCAGAGAAUGCUGUGACUUCUCUCUCGCUCCUCCACUGACGGUUUCUUCUUGGUCGCAGGUCCACCGGCUGGUCCUGGUGGACAGGGCUGACGUGGUGAAGGGCAUCAUCUCUCUCUCUGACCUGCUGCAGGCCAUGGUCUUAACCCCCGCAGGUAUUGAUGCCCUUUUGUCCUAG